AAAAUUAGCUAACAAUUUACACUCAAAAAAAUGGCGAAUUAUGGGGGCCAAAUUUAACUCUAAUUCAGGCCCAGGGGCCAUCAAACUUAGACAGGCCAGGGUCUGUUUCAUUUUUACAGAAUGAAAUGGCAUAUCUGGAGAAAAGUGAGACUGAGGUCAAAAGUCUUGCGCGGAUCCAGAUUUUUUUCACAGAGAUCUGGGGGAUAAUUUUGUUUGCUGGGACGCGGGAGUGUGGCCAGGUGAGCUAAAAAAGCAGCUGUCAAAAUAUACAAUCGGGGUCGUUAUUCACAUUAUUCCGUAUCUUUGUUUACAUGGCCAUCUUAGUAUUGGAAUGCCGGGAAAUAAAUAAUUAGGCGUGUGGUGUGAGUGACGACGAGUUUGUUUGUGGUGUACUUUGACCAGAUCAUAUCCUGUAGUUGAUAUCGUUACUCUAGGCGACAUGGUGCACCGAGGAGAGUUCUACAUGGGCUCCGGGCUGUUACAGCCUCUGACUGUCAUUGGAUUACCGCUAGAUCAGAUCAACUUCCUGGUAUGUCAGCUGACCGCCCUGUUCCUGGGUUUCUACUUCAGGAAGAACUGGUCGCCCCAGAAGAUCAGCGUGGUGCAUCGCCACGCCCUGGAGAUGGCCGUCGGCUUCCUCCUGACCUUUUUCUGCUUUGGAUAUCAGGUGAUCCAUGUGGUGCUGAUGGGGUGGCUGUGUUACGCUCUGAUUCUCCAUGCUCCGCGCGACAAGUUCCACGUCCUGGUCUUUAUCUUUGGAAUGGGCUACCUCUGUAUCAUGCAUAUAUAUCGCCAGUACUACGACUAUGGAGGAUAUUCACUGGAUAUUACAGGUCCUUUGAUGAUUUUGACUCAGAAGGUGACCAGCAUUGCUUUUGCAAUGCAUGAUGGGAUGCAGAAAAAAGACCAGGACUUGAAUCCAGAUCAGAAGAUAAUGAAAAUAAAAACGACUCCCACGGUCCUGGAGUACUUCAGCUACCUCUUCAGUUUCCACAACGUCAUGGUUGGACCCACUGUGUUCUUCAACGACUACAUCAAGUUUAUCGAGGGCAGCGACGGAUCCUACCAAUCUCCAGAUAAAACUCCAACAGAGCCAAACCCAGAGGCAGCGGUCAGAGAGAAGCUGGUGGUAGCCGCGAUAUCAGGAGCGGUGAUGGUGCUGUCUCCCCUCUUCAUUCCUGUGAACUAUAUGACAGAUGAGGAAUUCCUGUACGGAACAAACUGGGUGUAUCGGAACAUGUACGUGUUGAUCUGUGUCUCUCUAGUUCGUGGGAAGUAUUACUGUGCUUGGAAACUAGGUGAAGCAGUGAAUAACGCCGCUGGUCUUGGGUUUAAUGGUUAUGAUGACAAAGGGAAUGCCAAGUGGGAUCUUCUAAAUAAUGUCAAAAUUUAUGAGCUAGAGGUAUCAAAUAGCCUCAAAGUGAAUAUAGACUGUUGGAACAUCACGACCUUGGUCUGGUUGCGGCGGGUGAUCUAUGACCGGGUGCCCCCCAAGUACCGCACUGUGUCAACCUUUAUGGUCAGUGCCCUGUGGCAUGGGUUCUACCCAGGGUACUAUAUAUGUUUCACAGGGGCUGCACUAUGCACCGUGGCAGCCCGCCUGAUGAGGAGAAACGUCCGGCCAUAUUUCCUGGAUUCCCCGGACAAGAAGGCCGUGUAUGAUGCCGGCACCUUCUUCUAUACGAGAUUCACCAAUGUCUACCUGGCCUCCAAUUUCUGCCUGCUUGAAUUAGUUCCAUGUUUAACUUUAUUAUGGUCUCUCUUUUUCUGGAUUCACCUGAGUGCAAUAGGUGUGAUUGUUUACUUUACAUAUCUACAUCCAAAAAAGAAAUCGGACACGAAGGAGAGAACGGAGAAGUCGCAGUAGUUAGUUCCUGAUGUGAGAGGUUGUGAAUGCUGAACUGUAUCACUGUGUGUGACCCGUACAGUUCUGAUGAGAAACUUGUCAUAAUUAGUUAUUAAUUGGUUGUUUAUGAGUUGAUGUGAAUGUGAGUUUGACUGUUUUGUCUAGUAUUAGUUGUAUUUUUGAUGUUGAGUUGUUUACUUAUGUCAAAGAACAGAAAGCUGUUCUGGAGUUUUUCGUUCCAAGAGAGAAAAGGAGUUUUUUUUACAGCAGUUUUUUUAUGCUAGAAAUGUCCAAAGGUGGAAUGACUGGGUUCUUAUUGAUGGUAGAAUUAGAGAAGACUAAGAUAAAAUGUCAUGGAAUAUAAUCAAACUCAGGGAAGAAAGUCUAUCCAGUUCAAAUGUCCUGAAAAUCUUGGUAGGUUUGGGUGUAUUUAUUUGUAAGUUGUGAACGUACAAACAAUUAUUUUGAUGAUAUGAUGUAAUGAGUUAUUUGAUGGACUUAUCUUCAAAGGAAAACUAUACUUUAUUAAUAGAUAUAUUGAAUGCUCUCAGGAUAACUGGGUUCAUGAAACUUGCAUGUAUAAUGAUAGAGCUUACAAAUUUAAAAUUUGUGGAAAACAUUUAAACCCAGAAUUUUGGUUUCUUCUUUUCAAAAAGCAUGUGUCAUUUUAUUCUGUGCUUGGUUCCCUUGGUUGCAACAUGUUUUUUUGUCCUCCAAAUCAAACAGUACAGCUUCUGAUAUUGAAAUGUGUAUAUUUUGUUUUGUUUUUAAAGGCUUCAAUCAAAUGCUUUACAAGUAAAUAUGUGAUUAUCAACCAAAGCUUUGAUCAAAAUCGGCCAUUUACCUCGUAUCAAGCUUAUAUCUGAACAACAAUGGAACUCAUAUUAAGUGUAUGAAGAAUUUGUUAUAAACCUACAGGUUUAUUUGAAAACAUUUUUACCACAUAAAUAUUAAUAGUUCUAAUUAAAGAUGACCUAGACUAAUAUUUAGUACUUACAGGUAACAGGUUGGAUAACUUGCCCACAUUGUCAGAAUGUCAAAAUAUUGUCCAAGAUGGAUAUACAUGUAGAUCCAUAUAGCAACUUUUUGUAGGCCCAUUUUUAUGUGGCAUUUGGCUCUACCUUACUGAUUACUUUUCACACAGUAAUAGGCUCUCUAUGGAGUUUUUUUUUCACAUAAAUAGUCUGGAUAUCAACACUAAAUCAACAUUUCAGUGGUUUUCUCAAAUCUACUCUUUACGAAACAACAAAAAAAAAUUAUUUCUGAGACUACUAACUGAUCCAUAACAAUUAUUGCUCAGUACUUCUCUUGGACAUACAACACAGACUGGGUCAACCUCUCAGAGAGUAGUGGAAUUAGAGGCUCAACUGAAAUGUAAAAUGUUUAGAUAUACAUGUAAAAUCUAUUAUGUUGUUUUAUUAUUAAUUAAAUAUGAAGUAGUCAGAGUAUGAUCAACUGUACAAUCAUAUAGACUCGCCUAAGUAUUACUUUCAGAUAAUAGGCUCACAUCUUGAGUGUUAACUCCCUGAUAUAUAUAGGCUCAAUAAGCAUUGCUUGUUAAUGGUAGUACCUUGAGUAUUUUUACAUGUUCAUCACCAAAAAUGUGCAUUAUUUUUGUCAUCUUUACAAUGUUAUAUUGUAUGUUGGUUUCCUAACUUUGAGUACAUUACUUCAAUUGAUCAACAUUUGUUUUUUAUUUAUGCCCCUCUUCGAAGAAGGGAGGGCAUAUUGCUUUGCUGCUGUCUGUCGGUUUGUUCACAACAAUUUCCGUUCAUUUUCUUUGCAGAGGAUGCACAUAUUGAAAUGAAAUUUAGUAUACAGGUCGAUCAUGAUAAUAUCCAAGUAAAGUUUGAUUUUGGGUACGGUCAAGCAAUUUUCAUCAGAGUUAUGCCCCUUGGAUGUAGAAAACUUCCAAUUAUUUGCAGUUUCCGUUUAUUUUCUUCGCAGAGGAUGCACAAUUGAAAUGGAAUUUGGUAAACAGAUUAUUCAAAAUAAUAAUUAGGUCAAGUUUAAUUUUACAAUCAAGCAUUUUUUGACAGAGUUAUGUGCCUUGGACUUAGAAAAAUUUCAAUUAUUUGCAGUUUUUCCGUUCAUUUUCUUUGCAAAUGUGUAAGUUAUUUGCAGAUGCUUCCAGGGGAGGGGGCAUAUUGUGUUUUACAAAUAGCUCUUGUUUUUUCUGUUUUCUUUUUUGUUUUUGGUAAUCAUGCUGUACGUUAGGGGUUAGUUUUAAAUAACCUUAUUUUUAAAUCAACUGUCUGGAAUAAAAAGUUUGGAUUAUAACUGCCACACCUUAUCCCUGCCUGUCAGAGGGAGCGCAUUUCAUGUAAUGCUUGAAUGUUUACAGGUAACUGAGGAUACUCCGUGAAUAUCUAGUCUAAACACCAGGCGCUGCAAUUUUCUAUGCAGGGAUUUAGGAAUAGGAAAUAUAUUAUUAAGCUUUUUAUUUAGCAGAUAAAAAUAUGGCAUUUGAUCCGAUAGUUAUGUUCUGUAAAGUUGGGAAGUGGGUAACUUUUUUUGAUAUUAUUACCCAUAGGAAACUGUUAUAAAAUUGGCGUUUUUGUCCAUAGAAACAAACAAUUUCUAUCAAACAGUUUAUUAAAUACAAAAGGGAAAGGUUAUUUCAAUUGGGUUACGUUUUUGUCAAUCGUUAUUUGUAAUUUUUGUACAAAAAAACAUUUUUUUAAAGAUAUUAUGAAGCAAUGACGUAUUUCUUUUUUUUCUUCGAAAUAUUCCUUGUAAGUUACAUAAAAAAUGACAUGACAUAAGUGGAGAAGUGCUAAACGUGUUUAUAUAGUAUACCUUACUCCGUUAAAACCAGGUAUUGAGUGAAUCUGACAUUGUGUGUCUUAAUUAGAGGCGUGUGUUGAUAGUGUUGAUUAAUGAUCUGUGUUCAUUCCGUGGCGUUAGUGACUGCAAUAUUUUGUGUUACUUACAUAUCAAAGCAGAAAAAUAAACAUUUUUUUCUGAAUGCAU